AUAAGAGAUGUUUUAACGAAAAAAUAAUGCUUACAAACCUUUGAUCAACUUUUCCCAAGCCCGACCAAGUUAAACGCUCAAUCAAAGUAAUACUGUACAAGCAGAGAAUAAAAAGAAAAAACAAAAAACCUCCCGAGCAAAGUUGCGAUUGACAAACACACGUCAAAUUGAUCAAAAAGCCCGCUCCGCGCGAUAAGACGAAGAUAAACGCGCCAAUAUAAAUGUAUGUUUGUUUCCGUUGUUUCGACACGCGCGCCUAUAACAUUAACAACGAGAGCGCUGCCACCGACGAGUUGUACACUCAAUGAGCACGAACCAGUGAGCUUUUGUUUGUCGGACGUCAACGCUGGCGGACGCGACCGCGCAAUCAUGUUUCCCCGUAACAAGUUUGUUCUACUCUUGUGCCUCGCCGCGAGCUGGGACGCCACGCUCGUCGACUCGUCCGAAGAAAAAAAGUUGAAAACGCAGCUAGUCCAAGUCCUCUUCAGGCACGGUGCGAGGACACCCGUAAAGUGCGAGCUGGCGUUGCUGGACAACAACGCAACCCUCUACGAGCCCUGGGGACUGGCCCAAUUGACAAACCAAGGAAUGGCGCAAGAGUACCAGCUCGGCGAGAUGUUGAGGGAGCGGUACGGCGCUUUCCUCACUGAGGACUACAGGCCGGAAUUUGUCUACGCGUACGCGUCCGGAGUCAGUAGGACGAAGGCUUCCCUCGAGUUGGUCCUGGCCGCCCUGUUCCCCCCCACGGACAAGCUCACGUGGAACAAGGACUUGCGCUGGCUGCCCGUCCCAACGUUUUCCAACCCCCGCCCUCUCGACAUCCUCAUCAAGGCGCGCGACUGUCCCAAGUACAGGCAAUUCUUGAAGGAUCUGUUCGACACCGAGGAGAUGAAGCAGUUGGUGGCAGAGCACGACGACAUUUUCGGGACGAUGGAGAAAAGCAACGGGAAGAAGUUCAACUUUGACAGCCUCUUUUGCGCGUACAACGCAAUCGUCAUACACGUGAGGGUUUUUUUUUUUUUUUUUUUUUUUUUUUCUUUUCCUUUCGUCUUCUCCUUGACUUCCUUGGCGAUGGGAGCCAUACGUUUGUCCGGGGACUCGGAUAGGAAUCGCUCGUCCGUUACAUUAUAA